AUGCGCCGCAUGCUGUGUUUACUGGUUCUUAUGUUGUACUGCGUCUAUGGAGGCGUGAUGGCUAAUCACCUUCAACGUAAACCUCCACUUUUCACUGAAGAUCAAGCUGCUGGGUAUGGGAUUGGUCGUGUGUAUGGUGUUCAUCCUAGUUCUGGUCCAAUUACUGGUGUUCCUCCAGUUGGGUCUACUGGAGCUAUUCCUGGUGUUCCUGGUGCUAUCCCCGCUGUUCGACCCGGUAUUGUUGGUGCUGGAGCUCCUGGAGUAAAGGUUCCUGGUUCUCUCCCGUCUGGUACUGGUGCUCCCCCUGGUGUUUCUGCUGUUGAUCAAGGCUAUAAACCGGGUAAACCCAGUGGUGAAAGUCCGGCGAAAAAUCACCAACAACAUCCUGGUGUUGGUGUGCCUGGAAAGGUUAAUGUUACUCUUGCGACACAGUUGGGUAUCUCACCUGGUACAGGUCUUUCUGACCCUACUGCAGAAAAAGUUGGUGUCUCUGGUUUCAAGAAUGACGUUACACCGGAUCCUGGUACUGCUUUGAAUAAGUGUCUCAAAACUUCUAAUAAAAGUGGCACUGUUAUUGGUGGAGUCCCUGGUGCUGACGGUGUUCCCUGUGUUCCUGGUGUUCCUGGAAAUGCAAGUGGAAAGUCCGUUGCUCUUGGUGCCGGUAAAAUAACUGGUGCUCCUACUCCCGAUCCUGCUGGAGGUGUUGACGCUCAUCCUACUCCCGGUGUUGACCCCAAACUCGUUAAGUCUGUUAAUUUAACUGCCCAGUCACAACCUGAUGGUGGUGUUGGUGGACGUCCGAAUGUUAAUGGUAAGCCAGGCGUUGGAGCUGACCUUAAACAUGGUGUUGGUCUUAAUUCCAGUCAUCGUGAUACUGCUCCUGAGGUUCCCUUUAAUCCUCCUCCCGCAACCUCUGCUGGUAAUUCUUCUGAAUAUCCUGGUGUGCCUGAAGCUGCUAUUAAUAUUGGCAAUGGCAGCAGUGAAGCGGGUCGUGUUCGUUUUUCUCGUCCUGUUACUCAUGCCACGGAUGCUCAUUCCCAGAGUAAUACAGACUCCUCAGAUACUGCAAGCACUCAAAGUGAAGCGAAUGGUCAUCAGGCAGAGAAUACUGCAACACCUGCACAGAUUGAAUCACCAAAGAACACCCCCACUACACCCACUAAGGUGACAUCACCCGCAAUACCAACAAUACUGCAACCUCCUAUGCCUGCAAAGAGCGAGACCAAACCACCCAAGAAGCGUAAGGCAGACAGCAGCAGUGUCAGUCCUGUGUGGGUACGUGUGCCACUAAUGAUUCUGGCUGUGUUGUUCUCCGCUACCGUGUACUGA